UUUGGCGGUGCGGUUUCGGUAUGUCCUCUAUGAUGUCCUGAAAUGUUGCUGUCGCGUGGGCCAUUCUGCGCCUUACCACCAGUGUCCACACACGGAUGUGUCAACCGCGUUUUCGGACUCGGGCCAUUCUUAAGACGAAGCAGCAGUUAUAAGAACUUAAAGAAAUGUUACCAAGUUCUUGGAAUCGGCGAAGAUUCGAGCAUGAAGGAGGUGAAAGAAGCCUUCGUCGAGCUGGCUCGCAAAUACCACCCGGACAGUGGCAGCGACACGGCGAGCGCUGCUAAGUUCGACGAAAUCAAGAGCGCUUACGAGAGCGUUCGCGAUAACUUGUCCGAAGAUUCUGCGCCGGUGCGCGACGAUGUCAACGAAGUCUUGGAAAAAGACUUCGGUAUAAAGCACACGGUUCCGCAGCACCGGCAGUACCUGAGCUACGAUGGCGUCGGUCACGGGACACCGACGCAGCGAUGGCAGCAGUACCAGCAGCACCGACUCCAGCAUGCCGUGGACAGGGUGCACGACUACCGCGUGGGCAAGCGCGACGCGUCCAGUGAGCGCACGCUGGUCCUCAAGGACGCCACGCUGGCACGGCAGUACAAGACCACCCAAGCCAUCGAGCGGCUGGUGGAGGACCUGAUCCAGGAGUCGAUGGCGCGCGGCGAGUUCAACAACCUGCCGGGCUCGGGAAAGCCGCUGAAGUUCGCGCCCGAGAAUCCCUACGUGGACAGCACCACGCGCAAGCUCAACGAGGUGCUGAUUACUAACGGCUACGUGCCCGAGUGGGUGAUGCUGGAGCGCGAGAUCGCCGAGGAGAAGCGGCGGCUGCGCAGCGCGCUCUCGGAGCGCCGGUCCCACCUGGGCCCGUCGCCGCUCGCGGGCGACGAGCAGUGCCUCUGGCAGGAGGCCGUGCGUAGCCUGGAGUCGGCGGCGGCGCAGAUCAACCGCAAGAUCGACAAGUUCAACAUGGUCGUGCCGCUGCUCAGCAAACAGCAGGUCCGUCCACGUCUCCUGCGCUACUUCCCCGGACGUGAGAAACACCACUCCCAGGACUUUGACUGCAGCUACCCACUCGACUUCUCCGUCGAGGGCGGGUGCAAAGUUCCCAAACGCCAUCGCCUUGCUUUUCUCUUUGUUCAAAAGGGCUCCGGAUAAUUCAGCGUAUUCCUUGAAUAAACGUAAGAAAGCGUA